CCCUUCUAUCCUCCUAUCCUAUCCUUAUUUCCUACCCUAUCCUAUCCUCCUAUCCUAUCCCAUCUUCCUCUCCUCUCCUCCUAUCCUAUCCUCGUCUCCUAUCCUAUCCUAGCCUAGCCUAGCCAAUCCUAUCCUACCCUUCUAUCCUCCUAUCCUCCUAUCCAAUCCUUAUUUCCUACCCUAUCCUAUCUUCCUAUCCUAUCCUCCUAUCCUAUCCUCGUCUCCUAUCCUAUCCUAUCCUACUAUCCUAUCCUAUCUUCCUCUCCUCUCCUCCUAUCCUAUCCUAUCCUAUCCUACCCUUCUAUCCUCCUAUCCUGUCCUUAUUUCCUACCCUAUCCUAUCCUCCUAUCCUAUCCUAUCUUCCUAUCCUAUCCUCCUAUCCUAUCCUUAUUUCCUACCCUAUCCUAUCCUCGUCUCCUAUCCUAUCUUCCUAUCCUAUACUAUCUUCCUCUCCUCUCCUCCUAUCCUAUCCUCGUCUCCUAUCCUAUCCUAUCCUACCCUUCUAUCCUCCUAUCCUAUCCUUAUUUCCUACCCUAUCCUAUCCUCCUAUCAUAUCCUAUCUUCCUAUCCUAUUCUCCUAUCCUUGUCUCCUAUCCUACCCUUGUCUCCUAUAAUAUCCUAUCCUUCUGUCCAAUUGUAUCCUAUCCUAUCCUAUUCUCUUAUCCUAUCUUUGUCUCCUAUCCUAUCCUAUCCUAUUCGCCUAUCCUUGUUUCCUUUCCUAUCCUAUCCUAUCCUUCUGCCUAUUGUAUUGUAUCCUAUCCUACCCUUGUCUCCUAUAAUAUCCUAUCCUUCUGUCCUAUCAUUCUGUCCAAUUGUAUCCUAUCCUCCUAUCCUAUCCUUGUUUCCUAUCCUAUCCUUCUCUCCUAUCCUAUCCUAUCCUUCUGCCUAUUGUUUCGUAUUGUAUCCUAUCCUACCCUUGUCUCCUAUUCUAUCCUAUCCUUCUCUCCAAUCGAAUCCUAUCCUAUCCUUGUUUCCUAUCAUAUCAUAUCCUAUCCUUCAAUCGUAUCCUAUCCUCCUAUCCUAUUAUUGUCUCGUAUCCUUGUUUCCUAUCCUACCCUCCAAUCCUAUCCUAUUCUUCAAUCGUAUCCUAUCCUCCUAUCCUCUCCUUACUUCCUAUCCUAUCUCUGUCUUGUUGUAUCCUAUCCUAUCCUUCUCUCCAAUUGUAUCCUAUCCUCGUAUCCUAUCCUUCUGUCCUAUCUUAUCUGUGUCUCCUAUCCUAUCCUUCUAUCCUAUCCUUGUCUCCUUGUCUCCUAUCCUACCCUCCUAUCCUAUCCUUGUUUCCUACCCUAUCCUAUUCUCCUAUCCUAUCCUAUCCUCUCCUCUCUUCCUUUCCUAUCCUAUUCUCCUAUCCUAUCCUCUCCUCUCUUCCUUUCCUAUGCUAUUCUCCUAUCCUAUCCUAUCCUAUCCUUCUGUCCUAUCUUAUCCUUGUCUCCUAUCCUAUCCUCCUAUCCUAUCCUUGUUUCCUACCCUAUCCUAUUCUCCUAUCCUAUACUUCUAUCCUAUCCUUGUUUCCUAUCCUACCCUACCCUAUCCUUGUCUCCUUGUUUCCUAUCCUACCCUCCUAUCCUAUCCUUUUAUCCUAUCCUAUCCUUGUUUCCUAUCCUAUCCUCUCCUCUCCUCUCCUCCUAUCCUAUCCUUGUCUCCUAUCCUACCCUUGUCUCCUAUCCUAUCCUAUUCUAUCCUAUCCUUCUCUCCAAUCGUAUCCUAUCCUAUCCUUGUUUCCUAUCAUACCAUAUCCUAUCCUUCAAUCGUAUCCUAUCCUCCUAUCCUAUUAUUGUCUCGUAUCCUUGUCUCCUAUCCUAUCCUUCUAUCCUAUCCUUGUCUCCUUGUUUCCUAUCCUACCCUCCUAUCCUAUCCUAUCCUGCUAUCCCAUCCUCGUUUCCUACCCUAUCCUAUUCUCCUAUCCUAUCCUAUCCUUCUGUCCUAUCUUAUCCUUUUAUCCUAUCCUUGUUUCCUAUCCUUGUUUCCUAUCCUAUCCUAUCCUAUUGUAUCCUAUCCUCCUAUCCUAUCCUUGUCUCCUAUCCUAUCCUUGUUUGCUGCCCUAUCCUAUCCUUGUUUCCUAUCCUAUCCUUCUGUCCUGUCCUAUCCUAUCCUUGUUUCCUAUCCUCUCCUCCUAUCCUAUCCUUGUUUCCUAUCCUAUCCUAUCCUAUCCUAUUCUCCUAUCCUAUCCUUCUGUCCUAUCCUAUCCUUGUCUCCUAUCCUAUCCUCCUAUCCUAUCCUUGUCUCCUAUCCUAUCCUAUCCUAUCCUAUCCUAUCCUAUCCUCCUAUCCUAUCCUUGUUUCCUAUCCUAUCCUCCUAUCCUAUCCUUGUUUCCUAUCCUAUCCUAUCCUAUCCUAUCCUAUCCUCCUAUCCUAUCCUUGUCUCCUAUCCUAUCCUUGUUUCCUAUCCUUGUCUCCUAUCCUACCCUCCUGUCAAUCAAACCCCUGCCCCGUAUCCUGAGUCUCAAUACUCGAUCCCGGAUCCACCGCCCUCCUCUCACCCGAUCCCUCUCUCUUGAUCCCUCAGCGCCCCGAGAAGCGGAGGGAUCCGCCCAGCGCCCCGGAAGCGCCCGCCCCCAAGGGCCCCGGGAUCGAGGGGAUCCUGCGCCUCUACGACCGGAUCCGGGCGGCCGAGGGCGAGGUGAGUGGAUCUCCCGGGAUCUGGGGAUCUCGCGGGGGAGGAAGGGCGGGAGGAGGUGGAGAGGGGGAGCUUGGGGUUCCUCAAAAGAUCACCACCAGAUCACCAAAGAUCUCCGGGUGUUGCUGGGGAGGAAGGGUGGGAGGAGGUCCGCCAAAGAUCUGGGGAUCUUGCGGGGGAGGAAGGGCGGGAGGAGCGGGAGAUCCGCCAAAGAUCUGGAGAUCUUGCGGGGGAGGAAGGGUGGAAGGAGGUGGAGAUCCAGGAAGAUCUGGAGAUGUUUGGAGGAUGGACCUCAAAAGAUCUGCAGAUCUUCCUGGUGAGGAACGGUUGAAGGAUCUGGAGAUCCAGGAAGAUCUGGAGAUGGUUUGAGGAUGGUUCUCCAAAGAUCUCCAGAUCCUCCAAGAGAUCCUCAAGAAGAAGACCUGGGGAUCUUUGGAGGAUCCCUAAACAUCUCCAAAUCUUCCUCUUGAGGAUCUCUUGGAGGAUCUGGAGAUCUUGGGGGGGUCAUCCUUAAACGUCUCCAGAUCUUCCUCUUGAGGAUCUCUUGCAGGUUUUGGAGAUCUUUGGAGGAUCCCUAAACAUCUCCAGAUCUUGAGGAUCUCUUGGAGGAUCCGGAGAUCCCAUAUCCUCCAGCUCUUCUCCCCUGGGUUCCUCAACCUGUCUUCCCCUCGGUCCUCCUGCAGGAGGAGGCAGGGCGCCGCCAGGAGAUCUUGAGGAUCUCUUGGAGGAUCUGGAGAUCCCAGAUCCUCCAGGUGGAUCCCGGGUUCCCCAACCUGUCUUCUCCUCGGUCCUCCUCCAGGAGGAGCUGGGGUGCUGCCAGGAGACCUUGAGGAUCUCUUGGAGGAUCUGGAGAUCUUGGAUCCCCAAACAUCUCCAGAUCUUGAAGAUCUCUUGAAGGAUCUGGAGCUCUUUGGAGGAUCCCCAAACAUUUCCAGAUCUUCCUCUUGAGGAUGUCUUGAAGGUCCUGGAGAUCUUGGAUCCCAGAUCCUGCAGGUCUUCUCCACCGGUGGCCCCGAGUUCGACAUGUCUCCAGAUCUUCCUCUUGAGGAUCUCUUGGAGGAUCUGGAGAUCUUUGGAGGAUCCCUAAACAUCUCCAGAUCUUCCUCUUGAGGAUCUCUUGGAGGAUCUGGAGAUCCUCCAAACAUCUCCAGAUCAACCUCUUGAGGAACCCUUGGAGGAUCUGGAGAUCUUGGAGGAUCCUCCAUCUCCAGAACUUGAGGGUCUGGAGAUCCCGGAUCCCAGAUCCUCCAGGUCUUCUCCACCGGUGGCCCCGAGUUCGACAACAUGUCUCCAGUUCUUCCUCUUGAGGAUCUCUUGGGGGAUCUGGAGAUCUUUGGAGGAUCCCUAAACAUCUCCAGAUCUUCCUCUUGAGGAUCUCUUGGAGGAUCUGGAGAGCCUCCAAACAUCUCCAGAUCUUCCUCUUGAGGAACCCUUGAAGGAUCUGGAGAUCUUUGGAGGAUCCUCCAUCUCCAGAACUUGAGGGUCUGGAGAUCCCGGAUCCCAGAUCCUCCAGGUCUUCUCCGCCGGUGGCCCCGGGUUCGACACCAUGUCCAGAUCUUCCUCGUGAGGAUCUCUUGGAGGAUCUGGAGACCUUUGGAGGAUCCCUAAACAUCUCCAGCUCUUCCUCUUGAGGAUCUCUUGGAGGAUCUGGAGAUCCUCCAAACAUCUCCAGAUCCCCCUCUUGAGGAACCCUUGGAGGAUCUGGAGAUCUCUGGAGGAUCCACAAACAUCUCCAGAUCUUCCUUUUGAGGAACACCUGGAGAUCCCGGGCCCCGGAUCCUCCAGCUCAUCUUCCUCUUGAGGAGCUCUUGGAGGAUCUGAAUAUCUUUGGAGGAUCCCUAAACAUCUCCAGCUCUUCCUCUUGAGGAUCUCUUGGAGGAUCGGGAGAUCCUCCAAACAUCUCCAGAUCCCCCUCUUGAGGAACCCUUGGAGGAUCUGGAGAUCUCUGGAGGAUCCACGAACAUCUCCAGAUCUUCCUUUUGAGGAACACCUGGAGAUCCUGGGUCCCAGAUCCUCCAGCUCCUCUUCCUCUUGACGAGCUCUUGGAGGAUCUGGAGAUCCCACCGGGUUCCCAAAGCUAGUCUUCCCCUCGGUCCUCCUCCUCCUCCUCCAGGAGGAUCUGCGCCGCCGCCAGGAGAUCCAGGAUCUGGCCAGCCGGGCGGCCUAUGGACAAUCCUGGGAGCUGCUGAAGCGCUUUGACGAGAUGAGAGAGCUGAAGUCCCACCAGGAGUGGCAGGAUCUCCGGCAGGAAGUGGAGAGGAGGUGAGACAGGAAGUGGGCGGGGUUUUUCCCCCGGGGGGAAGGGAGGAAAGGAAGGAAGGAAGGAAGGAAAAGGAGGGAGGAAGGAAAUGCAAGAUGGAAGGAAGGAAGUGAAAAGGAGGGAGGAAGGAAGGAAGGAAGGAAUGAAGGAAGGAAGAAAGGAAACAAGAAGGAAGGAAGGAAGGAAGGAAGGAAGGAAGGAAGGAAACACAAGAAGGAAGGAAAGGAAGGAAAGGGAAGAAAGAAGGAAGGAAAGAAGGGAAGAAGGGAAGGAAGGAAGGGGAAGGAAGGAAGGAAGGAGAGAGAGAGAUGGAUGGAAGGAAGGAAGGAAAGGAAAGAAGGAAGGAAGGAAGGAAGGAAGGAAAAGGAAAGGGAAAAGAAGGGGAGGGAGGGAGGGAGGAAGGAAGGAAAUGCAAGACGGACGGACGGAAGGAAGGAAACACAAGAAGGAAGGAAGGAAGGAAUGGAAAGAGGGGAGGGAAGGGAGGAAGGAAGGAAGGAAAGGAAGGAAGGAAGGAAGGAAGGAAAGGGAAAAGAAGGAAGGGGAGGGAGGGAGGAAGGGAAGGAAGGAAAGAAGGAAAGAAGGAAGGAAAGAAAAGGAAGGAAGGAAAAACAAGAAGGGAGGAAGGAAGGAAUGGAAAGAAGGGAGGGAAGGGAGGAAGGAAGGAAAUGCAAGAAGGAAGGAAGGAAUGGAAAGAAGGGAGGGAAAGGAGGAAGGAAGGAAGGAAAUGCAAGAAGGAAGGAAAGGAAGGAAGGAAGGAAGAUAGGAAAGAAGGAAGGAAGGCCUAUGGACAACCUUAGGAGCUGCUGAAGCGCUUUGACGAGAUGAGGGAGCUGAAGUCCCACCAGGAGUGGCAGGAUCUCCGGCAGGAAGUGGAGAGGAGGUGAGACAGGAAGUGGGCGGGGUUUUUUCCCCCGGGGGGAAGGGAGGAAAGGAAGAAGGGAGGAAGGAAGGGAUGAAGGAAGGAAGGAAGGAGAAGGAAGGAAGGGAAGAAGGAAGGAAGGAAGGAAGGAGAAGGAAGGAAGGGAAGAAGGAAGGUAGGAAGGAAGGAAGGGAAGAAGGAAGGAAGGAGAAGGAAGGAAGGGAAGAAGGAAGGUAGGAAGGAAGGAAGGAGAAGGAAGGAAGGGAAGAAGGAAGGUAGGAAGGAAGGAAGGGAAGAAGGAAGGAAGGAGAAGGAAGGAAGGGAAGAAGGAAGGAAGGAAGGAAGGAAGGAGAAGGAAGGAAGGGAGGAAGGAAGGAAGGAAAGAAAGAAGUGAAAAGAAGGGAGGGAGGGAAGGAAGGAAGGAAUGAAGGAAAGGAAAGAAGGAAGGAAGGAAAAGGAAAGGGAAAAGAAGGGAGGGAGGGAGGAAGGAAAUGCAAGACGGAAGGGAAGGAAGGAAGGAGGGAAGGAAGGAGGGAGGGAAGGAAGGAAGGAGAAGGAAGGAAGGGAAGAAGGAAGGAAGGAAGGAGAAGGAAGGAAGGGAAGAAGGAAGGAAGGAGAAGGAAGGAAGGAAGGAGAAGGAAGGAAGGGAAGAAGGAAGGAAGGAAGGAGAAGGAAGGAAGGGAAGAAGGAAGGAAGGAAUGCAAAGAAGGAAGUGAAAAGAAGGGAAGGAAGAAAGGAAGGAAGGGAGGAAAUGCAAGGCGGAAGGAAAGGAAAGGGAAGAAGGAAGGAAGGAAGGAAGUGAAAAGGGGGGAGGGAGGGAAGGAAGGAAGGAACGAAGGAAAGGAAAGAAGGAAGGAAGGAAAAGGAAAGGAAGGAAACACAAGAAGGAAGGAAGGAAGGAAUGGAAAGAAGGGAGGAAGUAAGGAAGGAAGGAAGGAAAUGCAAGAAGGAAGGAAGGAAGGAAGGAAGGAAAGAAGGAAGGAAGGCCUAUGGACAACCUUAGGAGCUGCUGAAGCGCUUUGACGAGAUGAGGGAGCUGAAGUCCCACCAGGAGUGGCAGGAUCUCCGACAGGAAGUGGAGAGGAGGUGAGACAGGAAGUGGGCGGGGUUUUUUCCCCUGGGGGGAAGGGAGGGGGGAAAGGAAGAAGGAAGGAAGGAAGGAAGGAAGGAAGGAAGGAAGAAGGAAGGAAGGAAGGAAGGAAGGAAGGAAGGGAAGAAGGAAGGAAGGGGAGGGAGGAAGGGAGGGAGGAAGGAAGGAAAUGCAAGACGGACGGAAGGAAGGAAGGGAAGGAAGGAAAGAAAGAAGGAAAGAAGGAAGGAAAGGAAAGGAAGGAAGGAAGGAAUGGAAAGAAGGGAGGGAAGGGAGGAAGGAAGGAAGGAAAUGCAAGAAGGAAGGAAAGGAAGGAAGGAAGGAAAGAAGGAAGGAAGGAAAAGGAGGGAGGAAGGAAAUGCAAGACGGAAGGAGGGAAGGAAUGGAAAGAAGGGAGGAAGGAAGGAAAUGCAAGAAGGAAGGAAAGGAAGGAAGGAAAGAAGGAAGGAAGGAAGGAAUGGAAAGAAGGGAGGGAAGGGAGGAAGGAAGGAAGGAAAUGCAAGAAGGAAGGAAACACAAGAAGGAAGGAAGGAAGGAAUGGAAAGAAGGGAGGGAAGGGAGGAAGGAAGGGAGGAAAUGCAAGAAGGAAGGAAAGAAGGAACGAAGGAAAAGGAGGGAGGAAGGAAAUGCAAGACGGAAGGAAGGAAGGAAUGGAAAGAAGGGAGGGAAGGAAGGAAGGAAAGAAGGAAGGAAGGAAAAGGAGGGAGGAAGGAAAUGCAAGACGGAAGGAAGGAAGGAAUGGAAAGAAGGGAGGGAAGGAAAGAAGGAAGGAAGGCCUAUGGACAACCUUAGGAGCUGCUGAAGCGCUUUGACGAGAUGAGGGAGCUGAAGUCCCACCAGGAGUGGCAGGAUCUCCGGAAGGAAGUGAGAGAGGAGGUGAGAGAGAAGAAGUGGGCAGGGCACCUGGGGAAGGGAGGAAAGGAAGAAGGAAGGAAGGGGAAGGAAGGAAAGGAAGAAGGAAGGAAGGAAAGAAGGAAGGAAGGAGAAGGAAGGAAGGAAGGAAGGAGAAGGAAGGAAGGGAAGAAGGAAGGAAGGAAGGAAGGAGAAGGAAGGAGAAGGAAGGAAGGGAAGAAGGAAGGAAGGAAGGAGAAGGAAGGAAGGGAAGAAGGAAGGUAGGAAGGAAGGAAGGAGAAGGGAGGAAGGAAGGAAGGAAAGAAGGAAGUGAAAAGAAGGGAGGGAAGGGAGGAAGGAAGGAAGGAAAGGAGGAAAUGCAAGGCGGAAGGAAAGGAAAGGAAGGAAAGGGAGGAAGGAAGGAAGGAAGUGAAAAGGGGGGAGGGAGGGAGGGAAGGAAAGGAAAGGGAAGAAGGAAGGAAGGAAGUGAAAAGGGGGGAGAGAGUGAGGGAAGGAAGGAAGGAACGAAGGAAAGAAGGAAAGGGAAAAGAAGGAAGGGGAGGGAGGAAGGAGGGAAGGAAAUGCAAGAAGGAAGGAUGGAAGGGAGGGAAGGAAAGGAAGGAAGAAAGGAAGGAAGUGAAAAGAAGGGAGGGAAGGGAGGAAGGAAGGAAGGCCUAUGGACAACCUUAGGAGCUGCUGAAGCGCUUUGACGAGAUGAGGGAGCUGAAGUCCCACCAGGAGUGGCAGGAUCUCCGACAGGAAGUGGAGAGGAGGUGAAACAGGAAGUGGGCGGAUUUUUUUCCUGUUGGGGGGAAGGGAGGAAAGGAAGAAGGAAAGAAGGAAGUGAAAAGAAGGGAGGGAGGGAGGAAGUGAAAAGAAGGGAGGGAGGGAAGGAAGGAAAGGAAGGAAGGAAGGAAGGGAAGGAGGAAGUGAAAAGGGAGGGAGGGAGGGAGGAAGGAAGGGAAGGAGGAAGUGAAAAGAAGGGAGGGAGGAAGUGGAGGAAAGGAAGGAAGGAAGGGAAGGAGGAAGUGAAGGGAGGGAGGGAGGGAAGGGAGGAAGGAAGGAAGGAAGGGGAAGGAAGGAAGGAAGUGAAAAGAAGGGAAGGGGAAGGAAGGAAGGAAGGAAUGGAAAGAAGGGAGGGAAGGAAGGAAGGAAGGAAGGAAAUGCAAGAAGGAAGGAAAGAGAAGGAAGGAAGGGAAGGGAGGAAGGAAGGAAGGAAGGAAAUGCAAGAAGGAAGGAAAGGAAGGAAGGAAGGAAGGAAGGAAGGAAAGAAGGAAGUAAAAAGAAGGGAAGGAAGAAAGGAAGGAAGGGAGGAAAUGCAAGGCGGAAGGAAAGGAAAGGAAGGAAAGGGAAGAAGGAAGAAAGGAAGUGAAAAGGGGGAGGGAGGGAAGGAAGGAAGGAACGAAGGAAGGAAGGAAGGAAAAGGAAAGGGAAAAGAAGGAAGCGGAGGGAGGGAGGGAGGGAGGAAGGGAAGGAAGGAAAGAAGGAAGGAAAGGAAAGGAAGGAAGGAAGGAAACACAAGAAGGAAGGAAGGAAGGAAGGAAGGAAGGAAUGGAAAGGGAGGGAAGGUAGGAAGGAAGGAAGGAAUGGAAAGAAGGGAGGGAAGGGAGGAAGGAAGGAAAUGCAAGAAGGAAGGAAAGGAAGGAAGGAAGGAAGGAAGGAAGGCAGGCAGGCCUAUGGACAAUCCUGGGAGCUGCUGAAGCGCUUUGACGAGAUGAGGGAGCUGAAGUCCCACCAGGAGUGGCAGGAUCUCCGGCAGGAAGUGGAGAGGAGGUGAGACAGGAAGCGGAGGGGCUUACUCGGGAAGGGAGGAAAGGAAGAAGGGAGGAAGGAAGGGAUGAAGGAAGGAAGGAAGGAAGGAAGGAAGGAAGGAAGGAAGUGAAAAGAAGGGAAGGGGAAGGAAGGGAUGAAGGAAGGAAGGGAGGAAGGAGAAGGAAGGGAAGAAAGAAGGAAGGAAGGAAGGGAAGAAGGAAGGAAGGAAGGAAGGAAGGAAGGAAGGAAGGAAAGAAUGGAAAGAAGGAAGUGAAAAGAAGGGAGGAAAGGGAGGGAGGAAGGAAGGAAGGAAAGGAAGGAAGGAAGGAAGGAAGGAAGGAAGGAAGGAAGGAAAAGGAAAAGGAAAGGGAAAAGAAGGAAGGGGAGGGAGGGAGGAAGGAAGGAAAGAAAAAAGGAAGGAAGGAAAGGAAAGGAAGGGAGGAAGGAAGGAAGGAAGGAAGGAAAAGGAGGGAGGAAGGAAGGAAGGAAUGGAAAGAAGGGAGGGAAGGAAGGAAGGAAGGAAGGAAAUGCAAGAAGGAAGGAAGGAAGGAAGGAAGGAAAGAAGGAAGGAAGGCCUAUCGAAAGACAAAGCAUCUGCUGAAGCGCUAAGUCGAGAUGAGGGAGCUGAAGUCCCACCAGGAGUGGCAGGAUCUCCGGCAGGAAGUGGAGAGGAGGUGAGACAGGAAGUGGGUGGGGUUUUUUCCUGUUGGGGGGAAGGGAGGAAAGGAAGGGGAAGGAAGGAAGUGAAAAGAAGGGAGGGAGGGAAGGAAGGAAAGGAAGGAAGGAAGGAAGGAAGGAAGGAGGGAUGAAGGAGGGAAGGAAGGAAGGAAGGGAAGGAGGAAGUGAAGGGAGGGAGGGAGGGAAGGGAGGAAGGAAGGGAAGGAGGAAGUGAAAAGAAGGGAGGGAGGGAGGAAGGAAGGAAAGGAAGGAAGGGAAGGAGGAAGUGAAAAGAAGGAAGGGAGGAAGUGGAGGAAAGGAAGGAAGGAAGGGAAGGGAAGGAGGAAGUGAAGGGAGGGAAGGGGAAGGAAGGGAUGAAGGAAGGAAGGAGAAGGAAGGAAGGGAAGAAGGAAGGAAGGAAGGAAGGAGAAGGAAGGAAGGGAAGAAGGAAGGAAGGAGAAGGAAGAAGGAAGGAAGGAAGGAAGGAAGGAAGGAAGGGAAAUGGAAAUGAAAAGAAGGGAAGGGGAAGGAAGGGAUGAAGGAAGGAAGGAAGGAAGGAAGGAGAAGGAAGGAAGGGAAGAAGGAAGGAAGGAGAAGGAAUGAAGGGAAGAAGGAAGGAAGGAAGAAAGGAAUGCAAAGAAGGAAGUGAAAAGAAGGGAGGGAAGGAAGGAAAUGCAAGAAGGAAAGAAGGAAGGGAAAGGGAAGAAGGAAGGAAGGAAUGAAAAGGGGGGAGGGAAGGAAGGAAGGAACGAAGGAAAGGAAGGAAGGAAGGAAGGAAAAGGAAAGGGAAAAGAAGGAAGGGGAGGAAGGGAGGAAGGGAAGGAAGGAAAUAAAGAAGGAAAGAAGGAAGGAAAGGAAAGGAAGGAAGGAAGGAAAUGCAAGGAGGAAGGAAGGAAGGAAUGGAAAGAAGGGAGGGAAGGGAGGAAGGAAGGAAGGAAAUGCAAGAAGGAAGGAAAGGAAGGAAGGAAGGAAGGAAGGCCUAUGGACAACCUUAGGAGCUGCUGAAGCGCUUUGACGAGAUGAGGGAGCUGAAGUCCCACCAGGAGUGGCAGGAUCUCCGGCAGGAAGUGGAGAGGAGGUGAGACAGGAAGUGGGCGGGUUUUUUUCAUGUUGGGGGGAAGGGAGGAAAGGAAGAAGGAAGGAAGGGGAAGGAAGGAAAGAAAGAAGGGAAGGAAGGAAGGAAGGAAGGAAGGAGAAGGAAAGGGAAAAGAAGGAAGGGGAAGGAGGAAGGAAAGGAAAGGAAGGAAGAAAGGAAGGAAAAGGAGGGAGGAAGGAAAUGCAAGACGGAAGGAAGGAAGUGAAAAGAAGGGAGGGAGGGAAGGAACGAAGGAACGAAGGAAAGGAAAGAAGGAAGGAAGGAAAUGAAAAGGGAAAGGAAGGAAGGAGGGAGGGAGGAAGGAAGGAAAUGCAAGACGGAAGGAAGGAAGGAAGGAAGGAAAGAAAGAAGGAAAGAAGGAAGGAAGGAAUGGAAAGAAGAGGGAAGGGGGAAGGAAGGGAGGAAAUGCAAGAAGGAAGGAAGGAAGGAAGGAAAAGGAGGGAGGAAGGAAAUGCAAGACGAAAGGAAGGAAGGAAUGGAUAGAAGGGAGGGAAGGAAGGAAAGAAGGAAAGAAGGAAGGGAAGGAAAGGAAGGAAGGAAGGAAACACAAGAAGGAAGGAAGGAAUGGAAAGAAGGGAGGAAGGAAGGAAUGGAAAGAAGGGAGGGAAGGGAGGAAGAAAGGGAGGAAAUGCAAGAAGGAAGGAAAGGAAGGAAGGAAGGAAACACAAGAAGGAAGGAAGGAAGGAAUGGAAAGAAGGAAGGAAGGAAGGAAGGAAGGAAAGAAGGAAGGGAAAGGAAGGAAGGAAGGAGAAGCAAGGAAGGAAGGAGAAGGAAGGAAGGGAAGAAGGAAGGAAGGAAGGAGAAGGAAGGAAGGAAUGAAGGGAAGAAGGAAGGAAGGAAGGAAGGAAUGGAAAGAAGGAAGUGAAAAGAAGGGAAGGAAGAAAGGAAGGGAGGAAAUGCAAGGCGGAAGGAAAGGAAAGGAAGGAAAGGGAAGAAGGAAGGAAGGAAGUGAAAAGGGGGGAGGGAGGGAGGGAAGGAAGGAAGGAAGGAAGGAAAAGAAGGAAAGGGAAGAAGGAAGGAAGGAAGUGAAAAGGGGGGAGGGAGUGAGGGAAGGAAGGAACGAAGGAAAGAAGGAAGGAAAAGGAAAGGGAAAAGAAGGAAGGAGGGAGGGAGGGAGGGAGGAAGGAAGGGAAAGGAAAGAAGGAAGGAAGGAAGGAAGGAAGGAAGGAAGAAAAGCAGGGAUGAAGGAAGGAGGGAAGGAAAUGCAGGCAGGAAGGAAGGAAGGAAUGAAGGAAGGAAGGAAGGAAGGAAAGAAAUGCAGGCAGGAAGGAAGGAAGGAAGGAAGGGAGGAAAUGCAAGAAGGAAGGAAAGAAGGAAGGAAGGAAAUGCCGCCGCUUCCUCUUCCUGCUUCCUCCUUUCGGCUGCGAGGGAGAUCUCUUCCCGCAAGCCGGAAACGAGAUUCCGCAUAUCCAGGAGGGCCUGGUCGGCGGAAGUGAGGUCGGCGGGAUCAGGGAAUCCUCUCUGGGGAAGGAAGGAUGGAAGGAGGAAGUGAAAAGAAGGGAGGGAAGGGAGGAAGGAAGUGAAAAGAAGGAAGGGAAGGGAAGAAGAAAGGACAGGAAGGGAAGGAAGGAAAGAAGUAAUGGAAAGAAGGAAGUGAAAAGAAGGGAGGGAAGGAAGGAAAGAAAUGCAAGAAGGAAAGAAGGAAGGGAAAGGAAAGGAGGGAAGGAAAUGCAAGAAGGAAGGAAAGAAAUUCAAGAAGAAAGGAAGGGAAACGAAAACAAGGAAAGGGAAGAAGGAAGGGGAGGGAGGGAGGGAGCUAGGAAGGAAGGAAGGAAGGAAAGGAAAAGGGAAGAAGGAAGGGAAGGGGAAGGAAGGGAUGAAGGAAGGAAGUGAGAAGAAGGGAGGGAGGAAGGAAGGAAGGAAGGAAGGAAAUGCAAGGCGGAAGGAAAGGAAAAGGAAAGGGAAAAGAAGGAAGGGGAGGGAGGGAGGAAGGAAAGGAAGGAAGACCGAAAAGGAAGGAAAGGGAAAGGAAGGAAGAAAAGGAAGGGAAGGAUCCCACCAGGAAUGGCAGGUGAUCUCCGGCAGGAAGUGGAAGGAGGUGAGACAGGAAGUACCUGGCUUCUGGACGGCUUCUUAAUAACAAUAAAAGUAAUAAUAAUAGUAACAAUAAUAAUAAUAGUAAUAGUACAGUAAUAAUACACAAUAAUAGUACACAUAUAGUAAUAGUAAUAAUUUGAUUUUUUCCGGUAUUUUCCAGCUCCAAAGAAGCCCAGGGCCAGCAGGAGAAGCUGAAGGAGGAGCACCAGCGCCGGGCCAAGGUGGGGCGGCUCCGGGUCCGAGGCGGGACAGAAGUCUCGAGGGGCGGGACAGGAAGUCAGGGAGGAGAGGGCUUCCGGGUCUCUGGGGUGGGGUGGGAAUGGCCUGGCCCCGCCUCUCCUUCCCAGACUCCGCCUCCUCUCCUUCCUGACUCCACCUCCUCUCCCUCCCUCCCUCCCCCCCUGACUCCGCCUCCUCCUUCCCCUUCCUGACUCCACCUCCUCCCUCCUGACUCCGCCUCCUCUUCCUUCAUCCCUGACUCCGCCUCUCUCCUCCCUCUCCUGACUCCGCCUCUCUCCCUCCCUCCCUCCACGACUCCGCCUCCUCCUCCCUCCCUGACUCCACCUCCUCUCCGUCCCUCCCUGACUCCGCCUCCUCUCCCUCCCUCCCUGACUCCUCUCCCUCCCUCCCUGAUUCCACCUCUCCCUCCCUCCCUGACUCCGCCUCCUCUCCCUCCCUCCCUGACUCCGCCUCCCUCCCUCCCUCCCUGACUCCACCUCCUCUCCCUCCCUCCCUCCCUCUUUGACUCCACCUCCUCUCCCUCCCUCCCUCCCUCUCUCCCUCCCUCUCUCCCUCCCUCUCUCCCUGACUCCUCUUCCUUCAUCCCUGACUCCGCCUCCUCCCUCCCUUCCUGACUCCACCUUCUAUCCCUCCAUCCCUCUCCCUCCCUCAUUGACUCCACCUCCUCUCCCUCCCUCCCUCUCCCAGACUCCUCCCUCCCUCCCUCUCUCCCUCCCUCUCUCCCUCCUCCUCUCUCCCCUGACUCCUCUUCCUUCAUCUCCUGACUCCGCCUCUCCUCUCCUCCCUCCUCUUGACUCCACCUCCUCCUCUCCCUCCCUCCCUCUCCCAGACUCCUCCCUCCCUCCCUCCCUCUCUCCCUCCCUCUCUCCCUGACUCCUCUUCCUUCAUCCCUGACUCCGCCUCCUCUCCCUCCCUCCCUCCCUGACUCCACCUCCUCUCCCUCCCUCCCUCCCUCUUUGACUCCACCUCCUCUCCCUCCCUCCCUCUCCCAGACUCCUCCCUCCCUCCCUCCCUCCCUGACUCCACCUCCUCUCCCUCCCUCCCUCUCUCCCUCCCUCUCUCCCUCCCUCUCUCCCUGACUCCUCUUCCUUCAUCCCUGACUCCGCCUCCCUCCCUCCCUUCCUGACUCCACCUUCUAUCCCUCCAUCCCUCUCCCUACCUCUGUGACUCCACCUCCUCUCCCUCCCUCCCUCUCCCAGACUCCUCCCUCCCUCCCUCUCUCCCUCCCUCUCUCCCUCCCUCUCUCCCUGACUCCUCUUCCUUCAUCCCUGACUCCGCCUCCUCUCCCUCCCUCCCUCCCUGACUCCACCUCCUCUCCCUCCCUCCCUCCCUGACUCCACCUCCUCUCCUCCUCCCUCCUCCCAGACCUCCUCCCUCCUCCCUCCCCUCCCUGACUCCACCUCCCCUCCCACCCUCCCUCCCUCUUUGACUCCACCUCCUCUCCCUCCCUCCCUCUCCCAGACUCCCUCCUCCCUCCCUCCCUGACUCCACCUCCUCUCCCUCCCUCCCUCCCUGACUCCGCCUCCUCUCUCUCCCUCUCCCUCCCUGACUCCACCUCUUCCCUCCCUUACUCCGCCUCCUCUCUCUCCCUCUCCCUCCCUGACUCCACCUCUUCCCUUCCUGACUCCACCUUCUAUCCCUCCCUCCCUCUCCCUCCCUCUCUCCCUCCCUCUCUCCCUGAGUCCUCUUCCUUGAUCCCUGACUCCGCCUCCUCUCCCUCCCUCCCUCUCCCUCCCUGACUCCACCUCCUCCCUCCUCUCUCCCUCUGACUCCACCUCCUCCCGCUCUCCCUCUCCACCUCCUCCCUCCCUGACUCCACCUCCUCUCCCUCCCUCCCUCCCUCCCUGACUCCGCCUCCCUCCCUCCCUCCCUGACUCCACCUCCUCUCCCUCCCUCCCUUCUCCCUCCCUGACUCCACCUACUCCCUCCCUGACUCCACAUCCUCCCUCCCUGACUCCACCUCCUCUCCCUCCCUCCCUCCCUCUUUGACUCCACCUCCUCUCCCUCCCUCCCUCUCCCAGACUCCUCCCUCCCUCCCUGAUUCCACCUCCUCUCCCUCCCUCUCUCCCUGACUCCGCCUCCUUUCCCUUCCUGACUCCACCUCCUCCCUCCCUGACUCCUUCUCUCCCUCCCUCCCUCUCUCCCUCCGUCUCUUCCUCCCCCUUUCCCUCCCUGAAUCCACCUCCUCUCCCUCCCUCCCUCUCUUUGACUCCAUCUCCUCUCCCUCCCUCCCUCCCUCCCUCCCUCCCUCCUUCCCUCCAUCCCUCCCUCCCUCCUUCCUUCCUUCCCUCUUCCUCUCCUUCCCUCCCUCCCUCCCUCCCUCACUGACUCCGCCCUCUCCCCCAGCUCCUCAGCCGCAAGCUGCGCGGGCGGAGCAGCGGCGCUCCGGCAGGAAGAGGCGGAGCCCAGCGCCGGGAGGCGGGGCAAGAGCGGCCCGCCGCCCUACGCCGCCCAGGAAGAGCUCCUGCAGGCCAAUCGGGGACUCGGGUCCGAGGCCGGACAGCAAGGCCCCGCCUACGCCCCCUACGCCGAGCGCGGGAACCGGAUCUGCGGGGAGGUGUCGGCCCUGGUGCGGACGGCGAGUGA